UCUUGACCUUGUUUGUUAUCCCCUUCACGACGACAUACAAUAUGCCACCUCUCACUUCUGCGACAUGGUUCGACUAUGACCAUUUCUCUCGGAAUCUCAACAUUUGCAGUAACCCAACCCAUCCAAUCCCAUUAAACGACCUCCUAUAUACCGGCGACCCGAUAGCAGACGCUGCCUACACGUCAGUCAAAAGGAGUGGGCCGCCUUAUAGGACUUUUGACGAUAUUCUUGUCAAACGGGAUUCAGGCAAUCAUGAACUGACAGGGGCCGAGCGUGCUUUUCUACGGGAGGUUGAACAUGUGCCUGAGUGGGUUGAUUGGGAUAAGGUCAAUAGAGGGCGAGACGUUUUUUGGAGGAAUAUGGGGGCGAUUCAAGUUGUUCUAUUAUACGCAAGUCUGGCGGGCGGAUUCUCCAUUCCCCGCGUUAACGACGUUCUCAUCAGGACAGGAUAUCUGUCCAACCCUCGCCAUAUUAAUCGUCGGCUACUUGAAACCGGCCAAAUGAUAAACGACAUUAUGCAACAUGGCCUCCGACCUGGAUCGGACGGAUGGAAGUCUGUCUUGCGCGUUCGGUUCUUACAUUGCGCAGUGAGGAGACGACAACUGCCCGAAAAAACAGAAGACACUGUUAAUUCCAAAAAGGUCAUUCCCAUUAAUCAAACCGAUUUGAUUGGAACCCUCCUCGGUUUCCAAUGCUCGGUCAUUACCGGGUUAACCUACCUAUGGAUCUACCUCACACCAUCUGAACGGGAUGACUAUACACACCUAUGGCGCUACGUGGGAUACCUCAUCGGCGUAAAGGAAGAGAAUAACCCUUUAGCACACGGAUUCGAGGCUACAUGUGCUUGUCUUAGAGACUACUUGGAAUUAUAUUUCGUUCCAGACCACACAUCCACCCAACUCUCACAAACCCUUCUCAAAACCGUUUCCUCAUCAGACGGAUCCAAAUCAAAUCGACCGUCUUAUGAAUUGAACGUCUCCAUCACACGGAGAUUUCUUAGCCCGGAACUAGCGGAUGCGCUUGAACUGCCCUUGCCCACCCUGAGAUACAGAUUGCUGGCACUCUUGUUUUGUUGGGUUGUCUGGGUAUUUGGACUAUUGGGUUACUUACCUGGUAUUGGAGGCCGUGUUAUCGAGGGUCGAAAAAAGAGGAUGGCGAGAAUUAUGGAGGCGAUCAACAGCAAGUCUGGUCAGCCUUCACCUGAACGCGGUGUGGUCUCGAAGGAUGAAUAGCUUUGAGUGGACUUGUUGUGGACUGUUUUUGAGUCAUAUUUUGACGACGGCAAUGAGUUCUAUAGGAGUAGCCGAUUCAUGCAUAGUAUCUGUAGUUAUGAACUAUUCGUUUCUCUGUUUUCUAAUUAGGUAGUUAUAAUGAGGACAUUUUGUGUUUAUAUGACCAUGCAAUUCUCUUUUGAUGGUCGCAAAUGCUUCAGUGCAGCGUGCUGACCGCUAGCAAAAGAACCAUUGGUCUUCUU